AUGACUAUAGCGAAGCUGAAUUUCGAUACCGUGCGCUUACUCGGCUCCUCUGUCACGAUCUCCGACCCCCCAUCUCUUGUGAAGGAGCUUCUCGAUAACGCGAUUGAUGCCGGCGCAACGACUAUAGAGGUGCUGAUCUCGCCCAACACCGCCGACAGGAUCCAUGUGCGGGACAAUGGCGCGGGUAUACCGGCUGAGGACCUCGCCUCGCUGGGCAAGAGAGCGCACACGAGCAAGCUACGUUGCUUCGAAGACCUGGUGGGAACGCGGACGUUGGGAUUCCGUGGAGAGGCACUCGCAAGUGCCAAUGCCGUGUCGAAAGGAGGCUUGAAGAUCACGACAAAGACCAGUGCGGAUAGCGUCGCUACGAAAGUGACGCUCAACUCGCGAGGGGGCGGCGUGGCAGAACAGAAGCCAGUCCCGGCGCCGCAAGGGACCACGGUACUUGUGGAGGGAUUAUUCGACAACAUUGCAGUUCGAAAGCAGCAGGCCAUCAGAGAGAGCCGAAAGGCCUUGGCAAGAACAAGGGACCUGUUGCUGUCUUAUGCCCUGGCUAGACCUCAUGUGAAGAUGAACCUCAAGGUCCCAGGAGAACCGAAGCAACAAUGGUCGUAUUCGCCUGGACCAAAACCCACGGCAAAGCACGCCGUCAUGCAGCUUCUGAGCAAAGAAGCGAGCGCGCAGUGUGCUGUUGUCCAGAAGAACGAGGCCGAGCUUCUGCGCCUGCUGGAUAUUGAACCAGCAGCGAGCCUAACGGAAACGCCACAGAGCAGAGGAUCGCUCAUUAAAGCCUUGAUUAAAGACGAAGAUGCAACAGCAAAUGCUAGUGACGCUGCGGAAUCGAUUGAGGCGGACAUGCGAGUGGAUCCCAAGGUCAACAUGGCCCGAAACAUCAGCGAUGCGACGGACGAGGAAUGCCUGGUCGACGUGCAGUCCGUCCGAGUGCCAGCAAUUCCUGUUCAGGGUAACGCGUGUAAAAUGAGCACCGAAAAGGCCAAAAAGCAAUCAAGAAUAGCGGGCCAGACUGAAGCCUUCUGCACCGCCGGGCGAUCUACAGCUUCCACUCAACAGAACAAUGACCGCGGGCGCAGCCACUCGCGGUGCUACAAGAAACCGCGGCGCUGCAAGAAACUCAGAGGCCAGCUUUUUCCUUCCAACACCAUGGACACCUCGCCCCCGACGGGAGCGCCCGAAUCGACGCGAGAUAUCCGCAUCCAUGAGCCCGGCACUUUCUCUCUCUGA